AUGGCCGACUCCGACGAGGAAUAUGUGGGAGAUGUGACUGAAGACGAGGAUGAUCUUCAGGUCUCCCGGAAUGAUCGGACACGAUCUGGGAAGAGGAAGCAGCGCGGUGCGGCGGAGUGGGAGCUCUCCAGGACUUGGGAGACCUUGGUCGAGGGCGCAGAUGGCACCAUCAGCUCGACGGUAGAAGGACUAUUGGAGGCAGGCAAGCGGAAAAGGCUGUUGAAAGAUACGACUCCUCUGCAACGCGGCAUCAUACGACACCUCAUCUUGAUCCUAGACCUCUCACAGUCGAUGUCGGAAAAGGAUCUCCGCCCAACCCGAUACCUCUUGUCCCUACGAUAUGCGCAGGAAUUUGUUCGAGAGUUCUUUGAACAGAAUCCCAUCUCUCAGCUCGGCGUUCUGGGCCUGAGGGAUGGCUUGGCUUUUCGCGUCAGUGAUAUAAGUGGAAAUCCGACAGAACACAUUACAUCUAUUCAGAAUCUCAGAACACAGGAUCCCAAGGGUCUUCCGAGUUUACAAAAUGGCCUCGAGAUGGCCCGAGGCGCUCUCUUCCACACACCUAGUCACGGUACCCGAGAGAUAUUGGUCAUCUUCGGUUCUCUACUUUCAUCAGACCCCGGGGAUAUCCAUCAAACCAUCAACACCCUGAUCACCGACAAAGUACGAGUAAGAAUCGUCGGCCUAGCCGCGCAAGUUGCCAUCUGCCGUGAACUCUGCACAAGAACCAAUGGAGGUGACGAGACGGCGUACGGCGUCGCUCUGAACGAACAGCACUUCCGGGAAUUAAUGAUGGAAGUGACAACGCCUCCAGCAACGUAUUCCGAAAAACGAAACGCCAGUUCCUUACUAAUGAUGGGGUUCCCAUCGCGUACUGUGGAAGCUCACCCUUCCCUCUGUGCCUGCCACUCAAAGCCGUCUCGGGGUGGAUACCUAUGCUCUCGCUGCGGCAGCAAGGUCUGCAGCCUACCGGCCGAAUGUCCAGCUUGCGGUCUGACUUUAAUUCUGUCUACCCAUCUUGCGCGCUCUUAUCAUCAUCUCUUCCCCUUGAUCAAUUGGGUCGAAGUUCCGUGGAGUCGUGCUUCGAUAAGCUCGGCUUGCUUUGCUUGUGGGCUUCAAUUCCCGCCAGUACCGCCAAAAGAACAGUGGCAUACGGCUGAGCAUCACGCCAAGGGGAUGAGUGCUAGCAGUCGGUAUGAAUGCACCGCUUGUCGGAACCAUUUCUGCAUUGAUUGCGAUCUCUUCGCCCAUGAAGUUGUUCACAACUGUCCUGGGUGUCAAAGUAAAAGCAUGCGUGUUCCCGACGAUGUGCCAAUCACGUCUGAUGGGAUGGACACGACGGCGUGA